AUGUCUCACAGUCAUGGGAACGUUUCGUCGGGGAACGAUCCACGGCAACCUUUGGCGGCGAAGCCUUACACUCCGCGGCCUGUUGCGCCGGAGGAUCUUCCGGUUGACUACUCUGGAUUCAUCGCCGUUAUCCUCGGCGUCUCUGGCGUUAUGUUCAGGUAUAAGAUCUGCUCGUGGCUUGCGAUUAUAUUCUGUGCACAGUCUCUGGCCAACAUGAGGAACUUGGAGAAUGAUUUGAAGCAAAUAUCCAUGGCUAUGAUGUAUAUGAUGCAUACAGUGAUUAGCUCUGUUCUUUUGAUUAACGCAGCUUCUCGCGUCAGCGACUCCAAAUCUUACGGUGGCUGCUUCGUGUGA